UGCAGGGAGGGACUUGCUCUCACUUCCUCAUUGCAUUUGACGUGCUGCAGCAGGUUGCUUUGCUGGUGGACUUUCCCCGCUGCUAACAGAGGAGUGGGAGACGGGACAGAAAGGCCCGUCUUCCUUCUCCUCUUGAAGUGGCACCCAGUGUGGGGAGCAGUGGGUGGUGCGGAUGGGCAGAGUGGAGCUUGGAGAAGGAGGGAAGAUGAGUCGAUGCCAAGAAGACUACCCUGAGGCGCCAGAGGAAGUAGAAGAGGAGCUCCAGAACCUAGACUGGUACCAUGAUAAUCUCACCCGUCAUGCAGCGGAAGCACUGCUUCUUUCCAAUGGACGUGAUGGAAGCUAUCUCUUAAGGAAGAGUAAUGAGAAGUCUAACCUGUACUCCCUUUCUGUAAGAGCAAGAGAUUCUGUCAAACACUUCCACGUGGAGUACGUGAGGUCUGCAUUCAAGUUUGGCUUUAAUGAGUUUUCUAGCGUGAAAGAUUUAGUCAACCAUUUUGCAAACCAGCCUUUAAUUGGAAGUGAAACAGGCACCCUGAUUGUACUGAAACAUCCAUAUCCUCGGAAAGUGGAAGAACCGUCAAUUUAUGAGUCUGUCCGAGUUCACACUGCCAUGCAGACAGGAAAGACAGAAAACGAUCUUGUCCCAAAUGCUCCCUCUCUGGGUACAAAAGAAGGGUAUUUGAUAAAACAAGGCAAAAUAGUAAAGAACUGGAAAACAAGGUGGUUUACACUGCAUAGGAAUGAACUUAAAUAUUUCAAAGACCAGACGGCCACCGAACCAAUCCGGGCACUAGACUUAACAGAAUGCUCAGCAGUACAGUUUGAUUACUCACAGGAAAAAGUCAACUGUUUUUGCUUAGUAUUCCCAUUAAGGACAUAUUACCUGUGUGCAAAGACUGGAGUAGAAGCAGAUGAAUGGAUUAAGAUACUGAGGUGGAAACUGUCUCAAAUACGAAAACAGCUGGAGCAGCGUAGUGCCACUCUCACUCCAUAGUUACUCCUCUCAGGAUUAUGGCUUCCUUCACAAGAUUCUCUCUCCAGAGUUAGGAAUAUGCCAUUUCUUCACGAGUGAGAAGUGUCUGUGUAUCCAGUAUCUACAGUGAACAUACAUGUAACUACAUCCAACUCAGCACACAAAGAUUUGUUAGUUGAGCAUUUUUGGAGUGUGGAAUGAUACAUGAAAACUGUUGCCAACAUUGCAAUGCCAGUCCCAAACCCAGCCAUACUCUACAUUCGGAAUGUGCAUCUAGCUCAAAAACCUGGCCCAUUCACUUGGCAAAAAGAAAAAAUAUUGUUUAAAAUUUGUAUUAUAAUAAUGUAGCACUCUCCUGUGAUAAGUUCAUAGCUAACCCUUGGCAACGUGUUCUGUGGUAUCUAGCCUGGAAAGAUUAAAUAUUUUUUGUAUUGUUUUUAAGUGCUUAAACCCUUGAGGAAAUGUACAGCCCACCUUCCUGCUGAUUCGUUCAUGUAGCUAAAAAAUGAACUAGAUGAUAUUUUUGUAAUAAGUGAGCUAUUAGUGAGGAAUUGAGAUUUUUUUUUUAAACACUUCAUCAGUGAGGGAUGAAUUGUUCGACUUUGCUUAAAGAUGUGCGUAGCAUAAUCUGAUCUUACAUUGUGUCAGUGGUAGUUAGAAGUGUAUAGCUGAGAAUGACUGUGUUAAAUGAAUCAGAUGGAGAUACAGAAACAUACCAUACUGAAAGUAUCUUCACUUAUAGUAGCUGAUCUCCAGUCCUACUAUGUCCAAUACAACUGUUGAGAAAGUAGAACCAGAUCCCAGAGAAAGAGAAAAGAACACCCUAGGGCAGGCAUAAUUCCCCUUCCAAUAGAAGUUGCAGUUGAGUCACUUGCCUAUGUGACAUUUUCCCCACUUGUUGGAAAAUGCAGGCAACAUUGCCUAGAGCAUAACAUUAGUUUUACAACCAUGCACAAUUUAAUAAGUAGUAAAAAUGUAACACAAGGCAACAGCUACAUUAGAAAUGACUAACAUUUGAAGUAUUUUAAAAAGAAUUUCUUUCCAAACGGUGUGUGUGUUUAAUCUGGAUUCCAAGCAUUUCUGCUACUUUGAUCCGAGUGUUCAUAAGUGGAAGUUUGUUUUAGCCCACUGAGUUCUGCAGUAGUACACAAGAGAGAGGCAUUACAUAUUGGAAGUGAACUGUUGUGCAUGAGUUACUCUUAGAUAAAAAAAGGGAUCAUGUAUUUUUUUCUCUUCAAGUAUUAUAAAGUUUGGCUGAAUCAAGAAGUUUCACACUG